AUGGUGGCGGAGGCCGUGGUGUCUGCGUGCCUGGUGCUCACGCAGGCGGUGCUGACGCGCCUGGAGAACUGCGCGUGGAUCCGCCGCGCGUGCACGACCCUGCGGCCGCACGUGCUCCAGGUGCACCAGAUCCUCAACGAGCUGAGGGCCGUGGACUCGGGGUCAGCACCGCUGCUGGCAAAGACGUUGCAGGGGAUCGAGGAGGCGCUAACGAUCCUGGAUGCGGAGACGUGUACGUGGGAGCGUGAGAGCCGCAUCAAGGUCUUCGCGACAUCGAAGAAGCGCAAGGAGGCGCUCCAGGAAGCGGCGAAGGCGCUGGGGCGCGCGAUGAGCGAGCUCGCGGGUGCCAACGUGCAGCUGACGGAGAAGGUCCGCGCGGGCGUGCAGGACGUGCAGGGCGGACUCAGCAACCUGCAGGUGACCGUCGAGGAGGGUGUGGAGCGGCUCGGGGCUGACCUGGCGAAGGUCCUGGCGCAGGAAGAGGACAUGGGUGCGCGGAUGGAGAGGAUGGAGGCGAUGCUGGAGAUCGUCGUGGGCACGUUCGCGAGUCCGAGCGUGGACGCCACGCAGGAGCAGCGCAGCGUGGAGAAUGUGCUCGCGGACACGAAGUGCUUCAAGCCCGGCCACGAGAAGGAGGGGGUGACGAUCGUUGGCAACAUGGCCGCGGAGAUCCGUCGAAUCAAGGAGGAGGAGCAGAAGCGGACGCUGGCCGAGGUCCUGGCGAAUCUUAAAAUCGCGCCCGAUCGCAUCAAGGUGAGCAACCAAGCGAUCUCGCACGAGGGCGGAAGCACCGUGUACGGCGGCGUAUGGGACCGCGAUGGCACGGGCACGGACCUGUGCAACGUCGCGGUGAAGGUCGUCGAGAUCGGGGGCGAUCUGAUGUCUGCACAAAAAGUCGUCGAGCGCGUCAAGAACGAGGCGGAGCGCAUGGUCAGAGCGUCGCUGUGCUCCGACCACGUGUGCACCCUGCACGGCUACCUGGUUGACGAGGCGCGGUCGCGCGUGAUGCUGGUGAUGCGGCGGUACCCGUGCUCCGUCAGUCAGCGCCUGAGCGGGCAGGGCCGGCUCGGGCCGCUGUCCGUCGACAACAAGCUGCAGAUCUGCCGCAACAUCUUCCAGGGCCUCGCGGACCUGCACGCCAUGGGCCUGUGCCACUACGACGUGAAGCCUGCCAACGUGCUGCUGACGGAGCACGGCACUGCGGUGCUGACGGACUUCCAGCUGUCGCGCGAGACCGACAAGACGCUCAGCAAGUCGCUGCGCGAGAACGAGUUCGGCACACCCAAUUACGCCCCGCCCGAGCAGAUGGAUCCCGACCGGUGCGACGAGCCAGGUCCGCACAGCGACAUGUGGUCGGCGGCCGCAACGGUGUGCGAGAUCCUGUCGGGCGAGAUGCCGUACCAGGGCUUGACAAGGAAUCAGGUGCUGGCGGCCCUGGUGGCGCUCAAGAAGGCGCCGAAGAUCCCAGCGUGCGUGCCAGCGGCGCUGCGGCCGCUGCUGGAGAGGUGCUUCGAAUCCAAGGCCUCGGAGAGGCCCACGGCGAUCGAGGCGCUGGAGGUGAUGGUGAAGCUGACGGGGGACGACGUGCAGGACACAGGGCCAGCCGUGGCGACGCUGGCGGGCAAGAUGGAGACGCUCUCGGUCGAGACGGCGGACUCGGGUCGCAGCCAGGAGCCCGGCACGAUGCCGAACGACGCGCGGACGCACAUCGACUCCCACGUCCUGCGCAGUUUGCUAGCGGACCAGACCCGAGAAGUCUUGGACCUGGAAGGCGCCGUCGUGACCAUCGCACCGAGCAAGGUCACGACCUUCGUCGAGGAGGAGUACAGCGUUGACGAGCAGUACCACGAGACGGAAGAGUACUCUGCCGACGAGGAGUACUACGACACGGAGAUCCGUCUCGUCGAGGGCAAGAAGAAGCUGUUCGGGGGCCGGAAGAUGGUGGAGACGCCUGUGCAGGUGAAGAAGAUGCGCCGCGUGAAGAAGACACGCAGCGUGCCGAAGACGCGCCGCGUGGAGAAGACGCGCUGGGUGGAGCUGCCGACCGGCGACCGGGCUUCUGCGGGAGCCCGUAGCAGAACGGUCGUGGAGCUCGACGACGGCAUGGUGCUCGACAGGGCCGGCAUCACUGUCCGGAACGCGUCGAUCGUGUACGACAUGCCUGUUGCAGACGAGUACAAAUUCCGCAGCGGCAACGAAAAACAUGUGCUGCUGGUGUCGGCCCCGAACAUCACGUUGGAGAACGUCAGGAUCACCAUGCGCACCGGCGGCACAGCGAGCGAGGCGAUGACCCUGAUGGCAGUCAAGGGAGGCAACAGCACGGUCCUCUCCAGCUGCGACUUCACCGUGAAAGGCAACGCCGGAGUCGAGUCUGUCCUGUCGGUUGCAGGAGGCGGGAACGCGGCUCUCUCGGACUGUACGAUCAUGUGCGACCGUGCCUGCACGGGGUGCGUCGUGGGCAGUGGGAGUCGCCUCGAGAUGCAGUCAUGCCGCGUCACCAUGCGACGCAACGCCGGAGUCGAGUCUGUCCUGUCGGUGGCAGGAGGCGGGAACGCGGCUCUCUCGGACUGUACGAUCACGUGCGACCGUGUCGGCACGGGGCACAUCACGGGCAGCGGGAGUCGCCUCGAGAUGCGGCAGUGCCGCGUCACCGGCGCGGGCUUCGUCGCCGACGACGGCGGGCAGCUGCAGAUCGACGGCGGCGCGCUGACGGGCGUGCAGGUGUGCUUGUUGGCUCGCGGGCUGGGCAGCGUCGCACAAGUCAGCGGCUGCGACAUCCAGCACGACGGCGUCGCGGGGCAGGUGUCGCAGGGCGGCGCGAUGGAGCUACGGGACUGCAAGGUGCGGACGGUGCGCGGCGACGCGAGCAGCCUGCAGGUCGACGGGGCUGGCAGCGUGCUGUGGCUGCGCGGUGGCUCCGUUCAUGGCGGGAAGCACGCUGCGAUAGCGUCGGGUGGGGCGGUGCUGCUGGCGUCCGGCUGCACGCUGAGCACGUCGUGCGGCGGCGAGUUGAUCGUCACCGAGGGCGAGGGCUCGCGGGCGCAGCUGGCGCGGAGCAUCACGUACGAGUGCCCGCCGCUGCAGCCGCGCACCAAGCCGGGGCCUGGCAGCGAGAUCACCAUCGUGGACGACACGGCGAGCCUCGAGAAGGUCUGGGAGGCGGAGCGCCGGCUCUGCACCGUGGACGGUCUGCGCGAGGCACUCAACGCCGGCUCCGGGAAGGUGAUCGACCUCGGGGGGCGCGAGGUGAGCGGCGGGGGCUUCGACACGAUCGAGGUGACGCGCCCCGACGUCACGCUGCGCAACGGCACGCUGCGGGGCGUGAAGCUGGUCGUCACGAAGCCGAUGGCUACGUGGGUGCAGUGA